GAUAGUGAGAGUCCUGCGGCAUUCAUCAAAGUACCGAAGUUGUGUCUGAACUAAACUGAUCGAACAGCCGCUAAAUGUCUAAAACAGAAAUCGUAAGGUUGUCUGUCAGCGAUGUUAGAUUCCCUACGUCGCUGGAGCAGCAUGGCUCGGAUGCAAUGCACACAGACCCAGAUUACUCCGUUGCCUAUGUUGUCAUCGAGACAGACGAUGGACUGAGGGGGUAUGGCCUAACUUUUACCUUAGGGAAAGGCACAGAAAUUGUUGUUUGUGCUGUGGAAGCUCUCUCUGGGCUUGUUAUUGGGAAACGCCUGGACGAGAUUGUGAGCGACUUCCGUGGCUUCUACCGAGAGCUCACCAGCGAUGGACAGAUGAGAUGGAUCGGACCAGAGAAAGGGGUCAUCCAGCUGGCCACUGCUGCCGUCCUCAAUGCCGUCUGGGACCUGUGGGCGCGGUGGGAGGGCAAGCCACUUUGGAAGCUGCUUGUGGACAUGGAUCCCAAGAAGCUCAUAUCAUGCAUUGACUUCAGAUACAUCACGGAUGCUCUCACGGAACAAGAGGCUUUGGAUAUACUACUGAAAGGUCAAGAGGGGAAACACCAAAGAGAGGAGCAGAUGCUGACGGAGGGGUACCCGGCGUACACCACAUCCUGUGCCUGGUUAGGAUACCCCGACCAGCAGCUCAAGCAGCUGUGUACUGAGGCACUAAGCACUGGGUGGACAAGGUUUAAAGUGAAGGUGGGGGCGGACCUACAGGACGACAUUCGCAGGUGCCGUCUUAUCAGACAGAUGAUUGGACCCAGCGGUACUCUAAUGAUUGACGCCAACCAGAGGUGGGACGUCGGGGAGGCGGUGACGUGGGUGACGAAGCUGGCGGAAUUCAGGCCGCUGUGGAUUGAGGAGCCCACCUCCCCCGACGACAUACUGGGUCAUGCGGCCAUCUCCAAGGCCCUGGCUCCUCUUGGCAUUGGAGUGGCCACCGGGGAACAGUGUCACAACAGGGUAAUGUUCAAGCAGCUGCUGCAGGCGUCGGCCCUGCAGUUUGUCCAGAUAGACAGCUGCAGACUGGGCAGUGUCAACGAGAACCUGGCUGUUCUGCUCAUGGCCUGCAAGUUCCAAGUACCUGUGUGUCCCCACGCAGGGGGCGUGGGGCUCUGUGAGCUGGUGCAGCACCUGAUACUCUUCGACUACAUCUGUGUGUCUGCCAGUCUUGACAACCGGAUGUGCGAAUAUGUGGAUCAUCUCCAUGAGCACUUUAAAAGCCCCGUCAUUAUUCAGGAUGCCCACUACAUGCCGCCCAAGGACCCAGGGUAUUCCACAGAGAUGCUGGAGGAGUCAGUGAGGAGGCACCAGUACCCCCAGGGUGAGGUGUGGCAGGAGCUCCAGAGUCCUGCUAAAAGAGCCAGGCCAUCCACACACUAGCUCUCCUAACAGACAGCACAAUGCAUCACUGAUAAUGUACAAUGGCGUAAGUGCACCUACCAAAUUGGUGUGGAAUUAUUUUAUAGCUUUGGUUUUAAAUGAAGCUGGGAAAAUGUGAUGUUCAAACAAUACUGUCAGGACUGAAUGUUACAAUGAAA